AUGGAGUUCUCAUUACUUCCUAUUUCGUCUCAACCAGGACCGAUUACCCUAGCGGUAAUUCUACAAGUAGCUCUUGUAUCAGGAAAGGCGUUAAUACCGCAAGAUCAACAGACUCUGCAACAGUUGGCACAAAAAGAGCAAAGUAACGCUCAAAAACGCAUUGGGUAUGAUUACCCAGCGCCGUCAAAUGAUUUAAUCAACCCUUUUCAAGAUCAUGACAACCUUCAACCGCACGGUGACCAUCACGAAGUUAUAGAGGACCACGGUCAUAAUGACCAUAACCACCAUUUAGAAGAACAUCAUAUUGAGGAACAUCAUGAACAUCACGAUUUUCACGAUCAUCAUGAUCAUCAUGAUGAUCAUGUUCAUCAUGAUCACCAUGAUCCUGGUUACUGGAAAAAGAAAUUGAUUUGGAAACCUGGAUGGAAGAAAAUCUGGAAACCAGCCAAAAAACAAAUCUGGAAACCAUCUUGGAAGAAGAUUUGGAAACCUAUCUGGGUGCCAACAAAAGUUCCAGUUUGGAAAGAGAUCAAAGUUCCUGAUUGGAAAAAAAUUUACAAACCCGAGUGGAAACCUAUAAAAGUACCUGCAUGGAAAGAAGUUAAAGUGCCCGACUGGAAGAAAAUAACUGUACCCGUUUGGAAGGAUAUUGUAGUUCCGGGUUGGAAAGAUAUUCAAGUACCCGCAUGGAAAAAGCUGUGGAAACCGGAAUGGGUUAAACUUGGAAUUCCUGGUGAAAAGUAUUUAGGUAAGGAUCAUGAAGGUUGGGAAUAUACUUCACAUGAUCUUUGGAAAAAGAAACUGAUAUGGAAACCAAUCUGGAAGAAGUACUGGAAACCAGCUAAAAAACAGAUAUGGAUUCCUGAUAAGAAAUUAGUAUGGAAAGACGAAUGGAAGCAAAUCUGGAAGACAGAAAAACAACAAAUUUGGAUUGAUGAUAAGAAACUAAUCUGGAAGGAAGCUUGGCAACAAAUCUGGAAACCAUCAAAGAAACUUAUCUGGGUACCCGAUAAAAAAUUGGAAUGGAAGGAAGCUUGGAAGCAAAUCUGGGUCCCAGAUUGGAAAGAAAUAUGGGUUCCAGGAGUAAAGAAAAUUUGGAGGCCUGUCUGGAUAUCAGAGUGGUUCCCUUCACCCGAUCACCACGAGCAUGUACAUAGUUGGGAUAGAAAUGAUAAUAGUUUGGCUGGAAGUCAAAAAUCAGUAGUUGUUCAGCCAGCACCCAAACAAACAGAGCCACAACAAACAGUUCAACAGCAAAAACCAUCACAACAACAGCAGACGUGGCAAUUUCCCAAA